AAAAUGCAUAUGGUGGAUAAUUUGGAGUAGAAAAUAAGACGUAUGAUGUUUGGGGAUGGCAAAUAAUGGAAUGUCACCUCACCUCAAUCUCAAUAACCGCAUUCAAUCAACAACGGAAGGUGGUAGUAGACUGCUCACCAACUCGGCAGCGAGUCACCACACCGAUGCAACUCACCUUCAAUCUCAUCAUUCCCGUUAACAAAUCCCCAAUCUCGUUUAAACCUCGUUUCUGCUACUCGUCCGACUCCAACUCAGUCCAAGCGGAUUCCCUCAAAACUCUCGAAUGGAGCUCCAUAUGCAAGCAACUCUCCUCCUUCACCUCCACCUCAAUGGGCUCCUCCGCCGCCAACAACGCCCGUUUACUCAUCGGCCGUACUCCACACCAAAGUCAAAAACUUCUCGAUCAAACCUCCGCUGCCAGACUCAUCCCUCAACAACACAUCGACUUUUCCGGCAUCCACGACUUGACAGACAUUCUCUCCCUCGCCGUUUCCGGUCACUUGCUCACCAUCCCUGAGCUUUGCAAAGUUCGCCGUACACUCACUGCUGCUAGGGAAUUGUUCCAUACCUUGAAACACGUCGCUUCCGAGGCUAAUCAUUCACAAAGGUAUUCACCCCUUCUUGAAAUACUGCAAAAUUGUAAUUUCCUAGUGGGAUUGGAGCGUAAAAUAGAAUAUUGUGUGGAUUGCAAUCUUUCGACAAUUCUUGAUAGAGCAAGUGAAGACCUGGAGAUCAUUAGAUCAGAAAGAAAGAGGAACCUAGAAAUUUUGGAUUCUUUGUUGAAGGAAGUAUCAUCUCAAAUUUUUCGGGCAGGGGGUAUUGACAGACCAUUUAUAACUAAGCGUCGAUCUAGAAUGUGUGUGGGUAUCAGGGCUUCGCGUAAGUAUUUGCUUCCAGAAGGCAUAGUUCUGAAUGUCAGCAGCUCUGGAGCAACAUACUUUAUGGAACCGAAAGAAGCAAUAGAUUUGAACAACAUGGAAGUUAGGCUUUCAAACUCUGAGAAGGCUGAGGAAAGAGCAAUUUUGAGUAUGCUUGCAUCUGAAAUAGCAAAUUCUGAAUCAGAAAUAAAUUAUUUAUUGGAUAAAAUUCUUGAGGUUGAUCUUGCUUUUGCAAGAGCUGCCUAUGCUCAAUGGAUGAAUGGGGUAUGUCCAAUUUUCAGUUCAGGUACUCUUGAAGGCCGUGAUUCUGUUGGAGAAGACAAUGACAUUUUAGUCGUGCAAGAGGAUGACGAUUUAACAGUAAAUAUUGAGGGUAUACGACAUCCAUUACUCCUGGAGAAGUCCCUAGAAAACAUUUCAGAUAAUCUUACGCAAAAGUCUGGAACUGCUGUUGAGUUGGGUAAUGGAAAUGGAACAAUGGCUUCUAAUGGCACAUCACAAGGCAUAACAGACUUCCCUGUGCCAGUUGACUUCAAAAUUAGACAUGGAACUAAAGUGGUGGUGAUCUCAGGACCUAAUACUGGAGGCAAAACUGCUUCAAUGAAAACGUUGGGCCUGGCAUCGCUUAUGUCAAAAGCCGGAAUGCAUCUUCCGGCCAAGAGAAGUCCAAAACUCCCUUGGUUUGACCUUAUCCUUGCAGAUAUCGGAGAUCAACAGUCCCUUGAACAAAAUCUCUCAACUUUUAGUGGGCACAUCUCACGUAUUCGUAAGUUUUUGGAAGUGGCCUCAAAACAAUCACUUGUUCUCAUUGAUGAAAUUGGUGGUGGAACUGAUCCUUCAGAAGGUGUAGCUCUUUCUGCCAGUCUCUUACAAUAUCUGAGGGACCAUGUUAACUUGGCUGUUGUGACCACUCAUUAUGCCGAUCUAAGUACUAUGAAGGAAAAGGAUACCUGUUUUGAAAAUGCAGCAAUGGAAUUUUCACUAGAAACCCUGCAACCAACUUAUAGGAUCCUCUGGGGACGUACCGGUGAUUCAAAUGCAUUAAGCAUAGCAGAAUCUAUUGGCUUUGAUAAAAAUAUAAUUGAUCAUGCACAAAAAUGGGUUGAGAAGUUAAAACCAGAACAGCAACAAGAGCGGAGAGGAAUGCUCUACAAGUCAUUACAGGAGGAAAAAUACAGAUUAAAAGCUCAAGCUGAAAAGGCUGCUUCAGUUCAUGCAGACAUUGUGAACGUGUACUGUGAGAUCCAAAGGGAGGCAGAAGACCUUGAUAGACGGGAAAUGAUGCUUAUGGCAAAGGAAGUUCAACAGGUCCAAGAAGAGUUAGAGAAUGCAAAAUUUCAAAUGGAAACUUUGGUAAAGAAAUUCGAAAAGCAACUAAAAAAUAUGGGCCGUAACCAAUUCAAUACACUUAUUAGAGAAUCUGAAACUGCAAUUGCCUCCAUUGUAAAAGCUCAUACUCCUGCUGCCGGUUUUCCCAUCAGUGAUGUUGAUCGCACUUCAUCCUAUACUCCACAAUUUGGAGAGCAAGUCCGUGUGAAAGGAUUGGGAGGGAAAUUAGCCAGAGUGGUAGAAUCACCUGGGGAUGAUGAAACAAUCCUGGUACAGUAUGGUAAAGUGAAAGUACGUGUGAAGAAAAAUAGCAUCAGAGCUAUUUCACCAAGUGCAAUGAAUCCUGCAACUAGUUCUGCCACUCAUCAGGGGAGGCAGAGUCUGCCGAAAGGAGAAUCACAGGGCAACUUAGAUAUCAACAGCAGCAAUGAUGAUCUUUCUUUUGGUCCAGUGGUGCAAACAUCUAAGAACACCGUGGAUCUACGUGGUAUGCGACUGGAAGAAGCAGCUAUCCAUCUUGAGAUGGCAAUUAACUCAACUCGGCCAUAUUCAGUUCUGUUUGUAAUACAUGGUAUGGGCACUGGUGCUGUUAAGGAUCGUGCCCUUGCUAUUAUGCAAAAGCAUCCACGUGUCACUAAUCAUGAACCAGAAAGUCCAAUGAAUUAUGGUUGUACCGUUGCAUAUGUCAAAUGAAUCAUCGUUCUGCUGCUGCAAAUUGCAAUAAGCUAAUGGCAGCUUGAAUCCAUUUUUGGUUAGGGUGUACAUACAUAAACACAUCUGUUUGGUGGUAUAAUUAAAUUAGUGUUUGUAAAAUUUAGCAGUUUUAAUUUUUUGUAUUUUACUCUAAAGAAUUGUAGUUUACAUUUCGUUUGUCCUUUGUUU